GCAGCAGGGGAAGAAGCUGGCAGACUGUGCAGCACGUUAUCCACUGACUAGUUGGGGUUAGGUACUCUUCCACCAGUAAAGCAGUAGGUUGUCAUUUUUUAAUCUUACAAAAAUGAACGGGUUAGACGAAGAAGCAAUGGCCCCACAGACCUUCCUUUACGGGUGCGUCCUGGAAGCUGGAAAGGAAGUGGUGUUCAAUCCUGAGGAUGAUGACUUUGAGCAUCAGCUUGAUCUGAGGAUGGUAUGUGUAGACGCCAGCACCAAGGACGAACUUCACAUGGUGGAGGUGGAAGGACAAGACACAGAGGGACAACAAAUCAAAGCAGCACUGGUUUCACUGAAGCCCUCUACCCUGCCAAGUGUGUGUCUUGGUGGUUUCACAAUCACACCCCCAGCAAUUUUCCGUCUGAAGGCAGGUGCUGGUCCAAUCCACCUCAGCGGACAACACCUCAUCAUGAUGUCAGCUGAUCAGUCUUUCGAUGAAGAGGAGGAUGAUGAUGAUGAGGAGGAGGAGGAGGAAGAUGUCAGAACAUCAAAGAAGAGACCUGCUACCUCUCCUGCACUCAAGUCUCAGAAAAAAAUGAAGAUGGACGAGGAGGAUGAUGACGAUGAUGAUGAAGAUAUGGACGAUGAGGAUGAGGAUGAGGAGAGCGAGGAUGAAGAGUCCCCUGUUAAGGCCAAGCAGACACCAUCCAAACCAAAAACUCCAGCUCAGAACGGCAGCAGCUCUAAACCCGGAACUCCAGCCAAAAAGCAGGAGAAGACCCCUAAAGGUAAAGGUGGGAAGUCACCUAAAGCUCCACAAACCCCCAAAGCCCUAACACCUGCUGAGGUGAAAGCUAAGAUGUUGGAGGGCAUUAAGAAGGGAGUAGCAUUGCCUAAAAUCCAGCUUAAGUUUGAGAACUUUGUGAGGAAUAGUUUUAAAGUCACUGACACCAAGGAACUCUCCGACCUUUGGAAGUGGAGGCAGGCGGUGGCAGAUGCUAAAUAACAUUCUUAAAUGUUUUAUUGUCUCCCUUUUAUGACUCGUUUGUACUCAAAACACCUCCCAAACCCUCUGGAGUCCAACUCGUCAUUGAUUCUAAGUCUAGUCCAGCCCCACCUGCCCCCCCCUCUAUGAAGAGACCAGAGACACAGGGAUGUGGGAGGGUUAGGACUCCUCCAUCAUCCUCUUAUUAAGGCAUGAAAUGAUUGGGUGUAAUAAACCCAUAAAGAGCCAGCUUACAAAUUUGCAUUUUUUUGUAAAUGUGUAAAUACAAAUUCUCACUAGGUUGUCGACCGCGCAUGUGGAGGGAUUAUUUAAGGUUUACUGCAAAGUACAAUUUUUCCUCAUGUUUAAACAACACCCAGAUCAUGACAAAAACUUAAAAGCAGGACUAGCAGUAAAAUACCUGGAAAGUUUGACACCAAAUCCGUCUUCAACAGCCAGUAAAAACAUCAGCGGAGAUUCACAAAAUAACAAUUACUCAUAGCUGUCAUGACAGAAAAAAACUUUGCACUUUCUGAAAUGUUUUGAAUGUUGAUGCGUUUGUGAGAUUCCUACAGUGCGGUUCCCGUCACAAUAAAGUGUUUAUUUAGUCCCCGGUAGUCUUAUCAGAAUUAUGACUUUUCAUUCAUUUUCAUGGUUCCCGUCCUGAAUUUAUCAACUGUUCUGAUUUCAGCUACAAGCUCCAACAAUUUUUUUUUUUUUUUGUGGUGUGUGUGAAGGAAUGUGUUACAUCAACAUUAGAAGGUCUUAACUUUCAAAACCAGAAUUUCCCGGUGUCAUAAGUUCUAAAAUAAAAAGUCCACAUUAGAAUUUAAGAAAUCCACAAAUUCUGAUCUCGUAUGCUCAGUGAGAGAAAUGUUCUCGCAGAUCAUUCCAUGUUCUCAAGAAACACGGGAACGUUUGUACGACUGUAAACAAUGCUGUGGGGUUGGAUGACUUUCACUAGAUUGAUCAAAUAAAAAAAAGAUUGGAUGGAAGUUGCCAUGUUUCACUUCCUCCUUCAUGAGAAUAAGUUUGAAUUCUACACAUUUAAAUAUCAAUGCAAUUAUUUCAUGUAAAACAGCUGAGUUUAUAAUAAAAUGUUCACGCUCAGAA